AUGGAGUACAUGUAUGAGGAGGACCCUCUUGUUUUAUGGACAGCUCUUAAAGAUCGAUAUGAACAGCAUAAGGCUAUUAUCCUCCCAGAGGCUAUGCAUGAGUGGAAUCACUUACGCCUACAGGAUUUCAAAACUGUAGACGAGUACAAUCAUGUUGUUCAUAAGAUAUGCUCGAAACUCCGGUUUUGUGAGAAAGAACCUUCUGAGGUAGACAAAAUAGAGAAGACUCUGUCUACAAUGUUGCCAUCAGAAAGGAUUAUUACUCAACAGUACCGUGAGAAGAAUUUCAUAGUCUACUCUUCGCUAAUUCAGACAUUGAAACAGGCAGAAAAGAACCAUGAGCUCAUGGUUUGGAACUCAAACCAACGGCCAUUGGGUACUGCUCCACUGCCUGAAGUACAUGCAAAUGCGAAGACAAAUGUCCCGAAAGGGAAUAAUCAGACUAGAAAACCUUCAGGAAAGUGUAAAAAUAAGAGAUCCAAAAAGCAACAUGGCACCGACAAGAAGGGGAAAGGCAUCUCUAAGCAAAAGAAUGAUAAUAGCAACAAAACCACAUGUUUCAGGUGUGGAUGCUAUAAUCAUAUUGCUAAGAAGUGCAGGACCCCUAAACAUCUUGUUGAGCUAUACAUGAAGUCUAUGGGUCGAUUAGACAACAACAAGAAGUAUGAAGCCAACUUCGCAUCCCGAAUGCUGGAGAAUGGAGCUAUGGACCCCAUCCCUCAUGGAGCGGGACCAAGCAACACCAAGACUCCACCAAACGAAGACGAUGAUUCCAUGAACAUCGACGACAUGCUCGUCGAAUAUGCCUCCCAAGACAUAUAUGGAGACCUACAUUAG